UUUCAGUGACGUUAUCCCACAAGUUAUUACUAUUAUUUUAUUAUAUAAUUAGUGUCCAUUUUAUUAUUUUUUAAGACUCAAGUAAAAUGUUUGAAAACAGGUUGUUAUCAAUAGAGCAUACGUCACUCACACCGGCUGAAAAAAAAUCCUGUGUCUGGAUAUCGGAUUCAAUUAUUCUUCAAUGUUUACUGGUAUUCGUGGGGACGGCGACAAUAGGGUUCUGUUUAUGGUCGCCGGAGCAUUCGACCUAUGAUUACGACAAGUUGUUCAGGAUCAUGUACCUUUAUGAUCCUCUGGCCUGCGGCUACAACCUUCGUGCCUCCAAGUCUAUCAGAAACCUUCUCCUUAACAACGAGACGUCUAUUCGGAAUAUACUGCCGAUACAAUGGAUGCCGGCAGUUUUGACUGUAUCGACUAAACUCUCCGCAAAAACUAGAAAAUACGUAAACUUGAGUGCCGUCAUACACGUGGUGUGGCUGCUUGUGGCCAUCGCAUUACGAAUAAUUAGAUUUUCAAAAGAAUCUCAGCCGUUGAAAUAUAUGUUGGCUACUGUGUUGUACACGACUGUGUUCGUCACAGCUUUCGAUCUCUCCAUGGCUAUUGUGUACAUCGCUCACAUCCAGCAGAGUCUCACGUACGGAAUGAUUCUAAGGUACAGCGGCUGGAGUGUAGAAAUGAAAGUACAGAACUACGACGACUUCGGCGGAUGGUUCCCGAUGGUGGCGUCCAUCUGCUGGAUGAGAGGAGUCAUCAUACUGGCCCUCAAUGUUUACUCGUGCAGAGUCCUACAGUUAUUAAGACGGAGAGUGAGGAAGGGCGAGGAGAAAAGGCGGCUCGUGCUGGAAGAACAUGGGCCCAUACCAGAAGCAGAGUUCAAGAAACCCGACGAAGAUAAAGUACUGUAUUACAGAACUGGUGAACAUGAACCAUCCCGAAGUAAACAUAGGCGAUUGAUAUUCUUUUGAAAAUACAAAUAUUGUUAUAUAUCAAAAAAAUAUUAUAAGCAUA